AGUCACCAGUGCGCGCGCCGCAGGAGAGAGUGGCAGACCCGGGCGGCCCCGGGCAGCAAAGCGGAGGGGCGCCCGCGCGGCGACGGCUGCAGUGCAGACGCGGUUCGGGGCAGAGGCUCCCCGACGGCUGGAACGCUCUGUUCUGAAGCACGCGUGCGCGCCGGGUGGUGCUGGGACAGCCCAGCCGCUGAGCACUCCACCGACACUUCCCUGCUGUACCUUGGCCAUCAGCUGAGACAAAAUGGAAGAGUCCUACAAGGAUAGGACUUCACUGAUGAAGGGUGCCAAGGACAUUGCCAAAGAGGUGAAGAAGCAAACCGUGAGGAAGGUGAACCAGGCAGUGGACCGGGCCCAGGAUGAGUACACGCAGCGGUCUUACAGUCGAUUCCAGGAUGAAGAUGAUGAUGACGACUACCCAGCUGGAGAAACCUACAGUGGGGAGGCCAAUGAUGAUGAAGGCUCGAGUGAGGCCACAGAGGGUCAUGAUGAAGAGGAUGAGAUCUAUGAAGGGGAGUACCAGGGCAUCCCUAGCAUGAGCCAAGGGAAGGACAGCACAGUGCCUAUAGGGCAGCCCAAAGGAGACAAAGACCGCAGAGCACUGGAGUCAGAGAGGAGGGCUGAUGAGGAAGAGCUGGCCCAGCAGUAUGAACUGAUAAUCCAAGAGUGUGGCCAUGGUCGCUUCCAGUGGGCCCUGUUCUUCGUCCUGGGCAUGGCUCUCAUGGCCGAUGGCGUGGAGGUGUUUGUGGUAGGCUUUGUGUUACCCAGUGCGGAGACAGACCUGUGCAUACCGAAUUCAGGAUCCGGAUGGCUAGGCAGCAUAGUGUACCUCGGGAUGAUGGUGGGGGCGUUCUUCUGGGGAGGACUGGCAGACAAAGUGGGAAGGAAGCAGUCUCUUCUGAUUUGCAUGUCUGUCAACGGAUUCUUUGCCUUCCUUUCUUCAUUUGUCCAAGGUUAUGGCUUCUUUCUCUUCUGUCGUUUACUUUCUGGAUUCGGGAUUGGAGGGGCCAUUCCCACUGUGUUCUCCUACUUUGCUGAAGUCCUGGCCCGGGAGAAGCGGGGUGAGCACCUCAGUUGGCUCUGCAUGUUCUGGAUGAUUGGCGGCAUCUACGCUUCGGCCAUGGCCUGGGCCAUCAUCCCACACUACGGGUGGAGCUUCAGCAUGGGCUCAGCCUACCAGUUCCACAGCUGGCGUGUCUUUGUCAUCGUCUGUGCGCUACCCUGUGUCUCCUCCGUGGUGGCUCUGACCUUCAUGCCGGAGAGCCCUCGGUUCUUGCUGGAGGUGGGAAAACAUGAUGAAGCCUGGAUGAUUCUCAAGCUAAUUCAUGAUACCAACAUGAGAGCCCGAGGCCAGCCAGAGAAGGUCUUCACGGUAAAUAAAAUCAAAACUCCCAAACAAAUAGAUGAGCUGAUUGAAAUUGAGAGCGACACAGGAACAUGGUACAGGAGGUGUUUUGUUCGGAUCCGCACAGAACUGCACGGAAUUUGGUUGACUUUUAUGAGAUGCUUCAACUACCCAGUCAGGGAAAACACCAUCAAGCUUACGAUUGUUUGGUUCACCCUGUCCUUUGGGUACUAUGGAUUGUCUGUUUGGUUCCCUGAUGUCAUUAAGCAUUUGCAGUCUGAUGAGUAUGCACUGCUAACUAGAAAUGUGCAAAAAGAUAAAUACUCAAAUUUCAGCAUUAACUUCACCAUGGAAAACCAGGUCCACACCGGAAUGGAGUACGACAAUGGCAGAUUCCUGGGAGUCAAGUUCAAAUCUGUAACUUUCAAAGAUUCAGUGUUUAAGUCCUGCACCUUUGACGAUGUGACCUCCGUGAACACCUACUUCAAGAACUGCACGUUUAUUGAUACCCUUUUUGAGAACACAGAUUUUGAGCCAUAUAAAUUCAUUGACAGUGAAUUUCAAAACUGCUCAUUUCUUCACAACAAGACAGGAUGCCAGAUAACUUUUGAUGAUGACUACAGUGCCUACUGGAUUUAUUUUGUCAACUUUCUUGGGACAUUGGCGGUGUUACCAGGAAAUAUUGUGUCUGCUCUCCUGAUGGACAGGAUCGGGCGCUUAACGAUGCUAGGUGGCUCCAUGGUGCUCUCAGGGAUCAGCUGCUUCUUCCUGUGGUUUGGCACCAGCGAAUCCAUGAUGAUAGGCAUGCUGUGUCUGUACAAUGGACUGACCAUCUCAGCAUGGAAUUCUCUUGAUGUAGUCACGGUGGAACUGUACCCCACAGACCGGAGAGCAACGGGCUUUGGCUUCUUGAACGCGCUCUGUAAAGCAGCGGCCGUCCUGGGAAACUUAAUAUUCGGCUCCUUGGUCAGCAUUACCAAAGCAAUCCCCAUCCUGCUGGCUUCCACCGUGCUCGUGUGUGGAGGACUCGUGGGGCUACGCCUGCCCGACACACGAACCCAGGUCCUGAUGUGACGGAACAAAAGCCAUUUCCUUCUCCUGCCAUGGGUUGGUCCUCCUGCCCGACUAGAGGCUUCAGAGUUUUUGUGUGUAGAAAGGUGGCCAAGUGUCAAAACACCAACUUUUGCUGUGACCUAAAGUGUAGUUGCGUGUUGUGAUUUGCACUGUUUUCUUCUUUUUCCACGCAUUGUUAUCUUUUCCUAACUGUGCUGCUCCCGCUCCCCUUGCCCUGUGGAAGUGUUCCUAAAAUGUCCCGGGGGUAAAGCCUGCGCUGGUGUAAGAAACAGACCCUGCUCCUGGCGCCUCAUUAACAGGAAGCUUAGGCUGGCUUGAUUGAGUUUGUGCUGAGGAAAGGCAUUUCUUUUUCUUUCUUUCUUUCUUUUUUUUUUUUUUUCAUACAGAGUGAUAUUUCCUGUUUACUUAGAAAAAGGACAUCCAGCCACUCUAGCUGUUACAGCAGGGUACUUCAAAAGAAUUGUGGGACACGCUUGGGAUGGGCUCUUUCAGGCAGGACUUUUAAGGUGAUUUUGCUAAGAAAGUCUGUCCCCAGUUGGCAGAAAAAAACUGCUUGAGCUGUAGAAGGCAGAUUGCAGAUAGAAAGCCCAGUACCCAAUACGUGUGAGGGCUGGGGACAUCACAGUGUAUGUGACUGUGGCAUGCAAAUCACCGAAGUCACAGUGUUUGAAAACAGAUCGAGAUCUGCCUCUCUUUGCAUUUCCUGGAAAGCUGUCCCAGACCUGGCCAGAUUGCAGAUACUGAGGGGGAAAAGCCAUCUCUUAAAAAUUAUUCCCUCCCAAGUCUCUGGUCCAGCAAUUGGCUGUAGAAAUUAGAAACUGGCAAGAAAUUCACAACCAAAGCCAUCGGGAAAAGCAAAGGGGCACCUCUCUCAGUACUGUUACUUGAGGGUCAAAACUACCCGCCCUCCUUUGGUCAACUGUCCACUGUCACUUCUUAGCCAGCAGCUGUACAGCAGGUCCUGCCGGCUUUCCCAGGCCGUGGGCUCCAGCCUUGUCUCGGGGCUGCUUCUGAGCCUGCUCUCACAAGCUACCCUCUGGCAGGCAGGACAGCAUCUCCUGGUGGAUUUCUGUCUGUUUUACCUUCGGAAUCUUCAUGAGCAUGGCAAGGAGAGGUCAACAGGACAUUCCCACGGGCCAGUUGUCAGCUAAAUGACCUGGUCUCUCUCUGAGUCCCCCUCCCGCAAGCUCAUUCUUUUACACAUCUUUGAAAUCUGAAGCCUUCUUGUAGAUUUGCAGCCUGUGAUAACAGCCAGCAUAAGUCUCAUAUUUAAACAACAUUCUCUUUUUAAACUCCCUCUGCCGUGUUGGAGGGUGAUCCUUGUUGCUUAUUUGAAGCUUUUCCUGCAUGACCAAAGCCCUGGGGCUUGCAGAAAAAGGAAACUUUUGUUUCCACUAAUCAUUAUGUUCAGAGAUGGCCCCGCUCCCUGAGGGGCCCCUGCCUCCCUCCCCUACCACAUUCCCUGAUCCCUUCUGGAGCUCAAAUUCUGUGAAAAGCUCUUUGAUUAACAUAAGCCAUUAAUCCACUGUCCCCAUCAAGUAAUUCAGGCUUGGUGGAGGGGACAGCCUAGAAUUAAGAUGGGAAGCUGCAGAAAGAGAGUCAUUCCCUGGAGAUGAUAUGGGCACUCAGAGCCAGGACCUCAAGGGUAUCAGCAAAAUCUUCGGAGCUGACCUGGCGAAUCUUUAAGACGAAACAUGAUUGACUUUAAAGACACCCACAAAGCAGGGACCAGAACAGAACUCCCUGCUGCUUCUCUUCUCAUCACUGAGAAACAAACCUGUGUUUUAAAAGCCCAAGAAAGUAUCGUUAUUCUCUUUCCAUGUGGGCUCAUUUCCCCCUCACUUAACCCAUUGUUUGUCUUCUUGUAAAAAAGACAUGUCGGAGGCCCAUAGCUGAUCUUUUGGUUGAAUGUGGCAUGCAACAAAAUUGCUGCAAAAGUAAGAUAUGGAUUCCUGUCUUCCCAGUGCAAAAGAAAAGCAGACAUAUACAAGGGCAUUGCUUUGAACUUACUGGGUAAUCCUUAGUCUCAAAUUGUCUCCAUUCUCUGUCUUAUAGUGUAACUACACCAAGUGCAUUCCAAACUGUAGGACAGAGUUAUUUAGAAUUUUAUCUGGAUGCUGGGUUGGGUCAGAACGCUAACCCAGCAGAACCCCACUUUGUCCUCUUCAUAAGUCCCACUUCAUCUGUCCUCUUCAGGAGAACCGUUGUAGUCCCCUACCCCAGGCUUCCCAGGUGGCCCAAGAGGGAUCUCUUCUAUAAUAUCCUGGACAAUCAGUGGUCACAAACCUUCUUGGUCACUGCUUUUCCUCACCCCCAUCACUGUGCAUCACCUUUGUUGUCCAUGACACUGUUCUUGCUGAUUCCCAAGAUGAAGUGUGGCUUGUUAACUAGAGGUUAAGAUACAACCGUGAGAUUCAACAGAAGCCCCAGUUACGUAUCACAGGCCUUGGCACCAGGGCAGACAUCUGCCAUCCCACUUAAUGUGGAAAAAAAAAAAAAAGAAAUUUAAAUCUGUUUCAAAAAUGAAAGGGAACAGCCGCAUUUGCACCUGCGUUUUGAACUCCUUUCCUAACUGAAGUUCCUACCAUUGCUCUUCACAGUCAGUCCAGAAUGCCCCCCCCCAAGUUUUAUGAUCCCUGAAUCCUCUCAGUAGGGGACAAAACAAAACACAACACAAACCUGUUGCUCUGAAAUGUGACUUCUGUACGUUGCACCACCUGCGUGUUGGGGCUGAAGGCUCACACUCAGUCUUGCUUCCUGAUUCAGCUCACGCCUGAGUUCUGACCUAAUACUCAAGAUCAGUGGGGUCUUAGAGAUGUUUCUGGGGAGAAUGCACUUGAUCUUGGCCAAAAGGCCAAGAAAAAGUUGCUGGGCACAUUGGUCCUCAAUUUCUCCAUCUGUAGAGAAAAGGGAUGGCACUAUUUUAUUCUCCAGACAACUGUAGGACUACCGUGAGAGCACCUGCAUCUCAUCUGCCUUCUGCUGAUGGGACGCCCACCUUGACAAUGGAUUUAAGAUUACAGAGUAAGGGAGUCUGGAAAGAGGUUGCUUGGAAAGACCUCACACAAUAGGGCAGAAGAGUUUUUAUGUUGUCUGUGCUGCCCACCCCACAGGACCUUGAGUGUGCCGUUGUUCACCGCCCUGGGGGGGGGGGCGACCCUGGAAGAUGCACUGUACUGGGAAGACAAGCUGAAGGAUGUAGAUGCAAGGAUUAUAGCGCCCUGUCCAUCUACUUCACUGCUUCCUUGAAGUGUUGCCUUAAAUAGAUCUAUGCCAUCAGGAGCAGUUUUCUCAAUGAUUUGACAGAAAUUGGGUGGUGGACCCUCAUUUAGAAAUCUUACCCAAUGAGAGCUCAAGUUUGUACCCAGGAGGAGGUAGGGAAGGAGAUGCGAUAACAGGGAGAGUCCGAUGUCCCAUUGAUAACACUCCAGCAACAAGAUUAGUGCACCUGGUAGACAUUCUAAACUCUAGGAUUGCUUCCAGAGCAUUCCAUGGGAAUGCCUUCCGAUGUUCUCUGCCAACCAAAAUAGAAUAUGAUAUUCUUCGAUUUGUUGCUACCUUAUAUUAGAAAGGCUUUUACCUAGUGCUUCAUCAAGAUGCCUUAGUUGUUUGUGUAUGAAAGGCUCUGAAGUCAGGAAUACCUGCACUUGACCUUCACCUGGAAUUGUAGAAAACUGGCACACUGUUUGGGGCAAGUGACUGUACAUCAAGCUUCCUUUAAAUCCCAUAUUGUGCCAAACUUAGUUACCAACCACCCCACCCCCCAAAGAAAGAAAGUUACACUGAGACAACAGAAAAUACAUCCAUACAGUAAAAUGAUGUGAAGUUGAUCUUAUGUUUCUUCACAUUUUUCUUCUGCUGAGCAAAGUGUCCAUUUUAGGUAAAAUUUCUCUUGUAAUCUGACAGAAGGAAGUUGUCAGGAUAGAUUAGAUACGUUGCCUGUCCUUUCCCUGUUUCAGGAAAUGGGUGAGUCUCCACUUGUCUGUCGCUUUUGCUUUUGACCAUUCCCCUGUCAACAACCUCUGACCAACCACACACAAGCCAUUGCCAGGGCUUCCUUCCACUUUUCUCAACCCCCAGAUGCAAUUUAGUCAUGCCAGCAUUUUGAGGCAUAGGGCACGCAGCCUGUGGGUCUGUUUAGGUUGCUGCUUAAACCUGGUAGAGCCGAAGAGAGGUGAGGGUUAGGUAAAAUGUGUCAGUCUCUCCUUGCACAUGCUUGUUGCAUGGUCAAGGCCUCCAGGGUGCUAGGUGGCGAGGCACUGGGCUGGGUGCAGAUAUUUAACCCUAUGCAGUAUUUCUUUGGGAACUGAGAGAGACAGGAAUGAGAGACAAGGCUGUCUCAUAUCAUGUGUUAGGUCUCUCCAUCAAAUGUCUUAUUUUUCCAAGUUUUGAACAACUUAUGAUCUACAACAGGUUGCACAAGAACUAUGCAGUGACUGGGUUACCUGUGACAGAAGGAAACACCUCUACAUAGACGGCCUUUGUGGGAGUGACUACUAAACAGUACCUGACAAAUAAAAACACAUUCAGGCCUGUGUCUCUUCAAAUGGUCUUAACAGGAAAUUGCACUAAGAUACUGUUCAAAGAAGAGACUCUGCAGCAAAGAGAGCCUUUCUGAUUUCCCCAGAGCUGUUCUCUACAGGGAGCUGGGAAGUAAGCCUGUCCUCUCUAGACACACUAGGGUUCUCCUUCCAGGACCUGGCAAGCCCUGGCAGCUGACUGCUGAUCUCCAGCCUCUACUCCAACCCUCCUGGGGGUGUUUCCUUUCUGAUGUUAGAGAUUUGUGACCCAGUCACACUGCCUUGCAGACAACAAAAAGCAACUUUCCCCUUCUCUAGCCUCAGCAAAUAAGCCACCCAGAAAACAGGUUCUGACCACAGGAGGCCAGGGAAUUUGCAGGUUACAGUUUGGAAUGGAGCAUGGGGUUGUUGCUAGGUGUUUUGAAGCUGUAAAGGAUGUGUGAGGUCCUGGAGCCUUCAAGGAUGCAGGGCAAAGAGAAGAUGUAGUCUCUGGCCCUCUGAGAGCUGUGGGUGCCUUUCCUCCUCACCAGCUCAGUCUCUGGGCGGCUCAUAUUCACUUUCUCCCUUUCAUUAAUUGCGCUCCUCCUUCCUUCCUCUCGUGACCUCUUACUUCUAGCAGUGUACAAAGGUGAGGGUUCCUUUUCUGAGACAUUGGGAUACAGGAAUGUGUAUCUUCUUGACAGAGGACUGUACAUGCCCUUACCUUCAUGGAGCACAGAGGAUGGAGAACUUGGGGAGCAGGAAUGCAGUGAUAUGGCACUCCAUGUGUCCCUGUAAAGGUUUGGAUUUCUGAUGUCUUCCUAGCGCCACACCCUGAUAAGACCAGCAGUGGCCCAGCUCUGAGCUUUGUCUUCUGAGAGAAGCAUCUCUCUGCAGGAUCAUGGCAUUCUGUAAGAAACAGAUGGCACAUGGUCUCUCCUGUCUGUGUAACUCCCUACUCAGAGCUGAAGGUUGGAUGCUUACACUGCAACAACGGCCCGUCAUCUGCCUGCCCUACCAAACCUGCAUGUGACCUAGAGCCAAGAAAAUUGAGAACUAAAAAGAGCAACAGCUUUCAGACUUUGGUUCAAACUCAGAUAAAUUUUUAUACCAAGCCAAAACUGGCAGCAAGGAUAUCGUGCCCUGAGCAGCGUUCAGGUGCUCUGAGGACUGGCCAGCUAGACCAUAGAGGGUUGUGUUGUCUAAAUCCAGUCAUGGCUGGAAAAAGGCUCAACCCAGUUCUUAGAGUCAGUCAUUUCAGAAAUUUUGAAAGCCAGUCAAGAAAUAUAGCCAUCACUGAAAGGUAAAUACAGUUAAAUCAGUUAUAUUUUAAAGUUAUAUAUCAUCACUUUCUACUUAUUUUGCUAGAUUUUUCUGUUAGCCAUGCCCUUGAGGUAAGAUAUGCCUAUUAUAUGUCUGUUAUGGAAAUAUUGUGUAAUGGAGUCUGUCCUAUUGGAGCUAUAUUCUCAGUGACAGGGUCUGUGACAUUAUACUGAGCUCAUCCACCGAGGUAAUGUUUACAGCAUGGAAAGCAACAAAUGCUACAGAUCAGAUGCCUCCAACCCCCAAUUAACUCCAAGCAUUGGGAAACUUUCAGCAACAUAUCACUAUCUGAAGCCCUGAAGAAUGCUUGCUUUCCCAAAACUCAGCAGCAGCGUGCUUUGCUGGCAUGCACAGGACCUUGGCUUUGUUGGGGAAGGAGGUUGGGCCUCCCAACAUACAGAUCUAGGCCAGGUGUAAUUGCAUGUCCCCUUGGGCUUGUGAGUCAGCAUUACAUCACCCAUAAGUCCAAGGGAAGGAACGAUUUAGCAAGUACUCACAUCAGUUCUCCAAGGCUUCUUUUCGCAUUCAUAUUGCCUCAGAAUAGGGCCAGCCAUGCAGAGAACCCACCGCCCUCUGGAUGUUGUUCCUUCGGGGGGAAAUUGCACUAAGUUAGCUAGUUCAUGCACUUGCCCAAAUGUGGCUGUAUGUCUGCUGCCUGACCAGACCAGGAGCUCUUUGUUAGUAUCUGGAUAGAUAAAGGAAAGCCCCAGAAGAGGUUCCUUCAGGCCUACCUCCCCCUCAGUCUACAACCCCAUCCUGCUCUUGGCGGUGAGAUCUUGGCAGCGGUCCUGUCCUUGGUGUGGGUGUACGGGUGUUUUGGCUUUGUAUUCUCUCUUUUCUCUUUUCAGUGCUCUGUCUGCUGUCCCACUGUCUGGUCCGGCCCCACCUCCCUGUUGGACUGUAUAUAUGUGCUGCAUGUGUGAACCUCAGUAACUCCCCCUUCAGGUUUCUGGAGUCUCUGUCUCUAGCUCAGCUGACCCUGCUGUGAACUCAUCUUUCUGGUAUGCUUCUUUGUGUCUCAUUUCUGAGUGCCAAAAUGUUGGGCCAAGCGUAUUUUCACAAAAUGUUCUGAGACAGCCUUGUGUAUCCUUGUGAAAGGGCAUGCUCCGUGUGGGAUAGCUCAUAUACAGCGCAAAUCUAUCACGUGUGGAAGUGUGUAUACAUUUAUAUGCCAGAUAAAUAUUCAUGUAACAGCUGCAAAGAUAUUUAAUGUACAUCAGAUGAAUAAAAGAGCAUUUUUGCUCCAUUA